UCUAUUCUUAAGAAGCUUGAAAAGCUGGAUGCCAUCGAAGAAGCAGUGAAUAACCUCGGGAAGUCUUUCGGGAAGUUAGAAGGAAGAAUACAUACUCUCGAAGAUGCGUACGCUACCACCAAGCGUGAUGUUGAAGAUCUUAAGGAAAGUUUAAACGCAAACGAAACAGAUAAAAAGACGACAUCCGAGAGAAUACAAAAACUCGAAGACAGCACAAAAUCGAGCCUAGCGGCCCUACAGAAAGAGAAUGAUGAACUCCGUGCCAAUUUUAAAUUGAUCGAGGAUAAGAACUUAUAUCUGGAAGCAUAUUCUAGGCGCGAAAACAUUAAGUUUGAAAACAUUCCAGAACAAGAAACGAACAAAGAGGACACGGAGAUGACGCUGCGCACCUUUCUGGAAACGGAAUUGGGUUUUGGCGACGCUGCCAAUGUUGAAAUACAGCAAGUUCGUCGUGUAGGAAAAAAGAGAGGAGAAAGUUCCAGACCCAUACUUGCUAGAUUCUUACGAUAUAAGGAUUGUGAAAAGCUUCUUUCGCUGGGACAUCGUCUACGAGGAACAAACUACAAAAUGUACCAAGAUCUUCCGUUUGAGAUCGUCGAACGUAGGAGAGCGCAAAUGGAAACCUUCAAAAAGGCAAGAGGCAACAACAUUCCCGCAGCUUUCAGCAAAGCCCAACCUGACAAACUGUUCAUAAGAGGGAAAUUGUGGCCUUUUGGAAUGCCAUUAGAACUGUGA